UCCUCAGUAACUUGUGAGACGCGGUGUUGAGCGGAGGUCUGUCAGAUUUCGCUCAGUUGCCUCUUUUUCUAUCUCCCUCCCACCCCCGUCACUGAACCAUAUGAUUUUUCUCAUGUUUGGUCCCUUACACUUACGGUCAAAGACCACGUAGGCCUACGACAGCCAAGACUUGCUAAACCCGAUGUCUUUGAGUGUUGUGGAUUAACCAUAGUGGAUUUUAUGAGUGAAAAAGACCUCCAGAGUGAGUUUAUGAGUGUUAGAACUAUUCAAAAACAAAAGGCCACGUACUCGGCUGAAAUUUAGUUAGCAAAACGAACAGUCAGAGGGAGAGAGAGAGAAAUAAAACAUUUAAUUCCUACCGGGCUUAGGCCUACCGUUUGGAUUAAAAACAAGGUUGCUGAAUAAGUUCUUCCCGUGUUACCUGGAUACCUUUACACAGAACAGGUAAAUAACAGAUAACUGUUACUGGACGAGGGUUUGUAUGUUUCAUGAGGACAAGGGCUUGAAUAUUAUGGUACUAAGGUGCAAUCGGAUAUACCUGCUACAGAUCUGAGCAGCCAGUCGUGAAGCGAAUUGUCUUCGAGCAAUUGUCGUCACCUGUACGUGACAGGGAGAUGCACCCAGCCUGAGAAGACCCAAGCAGGAAGAUACAGCAACCAGCAGGGAAGAGGAUCAGCAGGGUCCAAGGAAGGAAUAACUUCAGUUCUCGAGAAGAAAAAACAAUCACAAGAUGGAACGCAACAUUCCACACGUUCUCGACGUGUUCUCUUGUUCUCCAAGGGCGAGGAGGCGUGUUCAUGCAACAGAUAUUGACAAGAUCGCCGUCCAGAUGAAAGACGCCGAGAUGGGCCAGAAGAACCCCGGGAGCGACUCGGCGGUGUCAGUCGACUCGAGCGACGACGAGAGCAACAUCACCAAGUACUUCGACUACCUGAACGAGGACGACCAAGGCAACGGCAGCGCCUCCAAGAGGAAAAAGAAGAAGAAGAGCUCGAACAAAGAGACCGCCGGGAAGGAGGACGCCGACAAGGAGAACAUCAUCAACAACAACAAAGAACAGAAGGGCAAAGAGCAAUCUCCCAAUGGACACGCGAGUCGCAAAACGGAGUACGAGAAGGACAUGCGACACAUCGAGCGCCAUCUAUCCAUGAAGAAGACAAUCCGCAAGAAGAUGAUGAGGGACCUCCAGCAGGCCUUCGUCGAGGACCCAGGGGAGUUCCAGCAGGACCCCGCCAGGAUGGCUCCGGAGAAGAAGAACAACAUCGACAUCCGAAACCUGACCUUUUCCAAGAGCAGGCUGUCGAAAUCGGAGCAUAAUUUCCUGGACAUGCUCAAGGACGAAUCGGCCAACGAGAAGGACAAGAAGGACCGCAAGGGAGGAUUCCUCGGCUUCAACAACAACAAAAACAAAGGCUCUUGCGACAACAUCAAAGACGACGACUCGGGUCACGGGUCGCCCUCCAGAGAGCCGGCACCGGUCAAAGCCAAGAGCAAGCCGGACGUGAGGGAAGUCAGAGAACCGCCCAAAGAAGAGAAGAAAGUAGGAUUCUGGAAGAAAUUAACAGGAAAGGGGAAGAACAAGCGGUGAGGAGAUUGCCGUCGCUUAAUUCAUCUCCCUACAAUUGACUGUGAUAACCUUCCAGUGCCUACUUCUACUCCUACUACCAAUACUUCUACCUGGUAAUCAUUAUCCUUCACUAUUCACAGGCUCCCCUCACCCCCACCCCAGCUUUCUGAGUUCUUGGCCUUCACCCAGAUCACUCAUCAUCCACAAAUGCAUUGUGGAAGCUGAAGAGGAGUAGAAACAAUUCUACUCUUAAUCACUCCCGCCAAACAAAAUAAAGAUUCCCGCCAAGAAGAACAAAAAUCCAAUGAUUGAUUCUUCAUACGAUUUCCUUUACUUUCACUUGGAUUAUGAACGAAUCUUUCUGUCAAGAGGAAAGAACCCCUUUUCUGUAAAUAUUACAAUCUUUCUUAUAAGCUAAGGGCACCUUAGGAAAAUGUAUGAAUCAUUGUGAACCGCAGUAUACAUGUAUACUGUGAAUUUAUUGAGCUUUAGUGUAGUAUAUCUAAGUUGUUUUCAUUAUGUGACUGUGGUUUUUUGAAUAUCAAAUAAUACUAUACUAACGUGUGUUCCGUUCUGUAACGAUUUCGUUAGAUCAUGUUGUCUGAGGGCAGAUAGGACUGCAAGAUGAGGUCGUAUCAGAGAGAGAGAGAGAGAGAGAGAGAGAGAGAGAGAGAGAGAGAGAGAGAGAGAGAAUACCUCACGGGUUAACGUCUAUGGAUACUGAUAUAUUACUAGACGAAAGCAUUAACUUGCACUCACACAUACAAACGUGCAACAAUAUAUACAGCAUAUGAGAGAGAGAGAGAGAGAGAGAGAGAGAGAGAGAGAGAGAGAGAGAGAGCAGUCUGCCAGAUUUUAUUUCAGAACUAUCUGUAUCGUUGAAGCCAUCCAUAUAGAAGCUGCAUUGCAUAAUCUAACUGCCCAUGUAACCUUUAUGAUCCAUUCAUAAAAGUCAACAUGGGGUACGAAAACUUCAAUAACUGUAUUGUAAAAUUAUAUUAUUAUAUUAAUAUUCGCCGUAGUCCCCCUUACCCUGACUGGUAGUGCGUCUCCAGAUAUCAGAAAAAAAGAAAAAAAAAUGUAUUUCGAAAACAUCACGCAACUAACGAUUCAAAUGUUUUAUUUUGACGUGCGUUUAGUGGUGACAUCUAGUGACAAUGGACGAAGAUAUCUGGAAAGAUUCACACCUGCUGUAGUGCCAAGCGUAGCUGCCUUCAGAUAGAAUGUAGCUGUUCCUGAGAUAAUAUUUGUUUACGCUAUAAGCAAUGCCAAUUUGAAAGAGAGAAUAUAGCAACUGGUGGUGGCUAUAUAUAUAUACAAAAAGAUUCGUUAUCAAUGUGCAUUGAGUUUUCUGUAAAUACACAAUCAUUAUGGGUA